AUGGAUACAGUCUUAUUGAGUGAUCUUGAACGAUUCUACUUAGUACAAGGAGUUGAAGUGGGAUGUAGAAUGGAUGGUCGUGGACCAAGUGAAUAUCGACCUUUAGAAAUCGAAACUAAUAUUUUGAGUCACGCAACUGGUUCAGCUAGUAUUCGUAUUGGUGAAACUUUCAUCGUUUGCUGUGUUAAAAUGGAGGUUGGCAAACCUUCUUUAACUAACACUAGUGAAGGUCGUAUUGAAAUAAAUGUUGAGUGUUACCCUACGGCAACUCACCGCUGUAAUGAAAAGGCAGCAUCCGAACUGGAGGAACGUUUGAAGGCAACAUUGCAAUCAGCCUAUCAAUUGAAGUCUAUAGAUCUAAGCCCUCUGUGUAUCCAACGAGGUCGGCAGUGCUGGGUCAUCUAUAUUGAUCUGCUUAUCUUAGAGGGUGCUGGAAACUUACUUGAUGCUUCCUCCUUGGUAGUCAAAGCUGCUCUACUAAACGCUACACAGUCAAAUUCUUUAUUAUUGUCUGUUUUUGAAAAUUCAAAGUCACUAGAAGCAGGUGUUAAACAGUUUCAUGGAGAUAUGUUGCCGUUAUUUAUCACAGUACAUAAGAUUGGGAAAGCAUAUCUCAUAGAUGCUAGCAAGGAGGAAGAAGCCUGUUCAUUAUCCAGGUUAUCUCUUGUUAUCUAUCCAGAUGGUUCAAUUGGUUCAUUAGAACAAGAUGGGUGUUGUAGUUGUCAAUUAGAAUCAACUGUUGAAAUGUCACAGUUAGCAUCAAUUGUUGGGAAGAAAUUAAAUCACGCCUUAGUAAAGACACUAGAAUUGGAAAAACAGCUACGUUCCUAA